AUGCUUGAGAGAGCUGCUGAAAAUGCUGAAAAUGUGUUUGACGAAUUCAGGUAUGAAUCUAUCAAAAGACAAGUGAAGAUCAGAAACAAACCAAUUGAAAAGGUCAGUGAUUUCAUUUCUCAUACAACUUUUAAGAGCAAAAUGUCUCGAAAAAUAAACAACAUCAAUGAAAAGUUGAGGGCUAUCAAUAAGUUAGCCAAAGACUUCGGUCUCCAAUCACUCAUGGUUCCUCCUCGGCAAAUACUACCAAUUCGUGAAACAGAUUCCCUAGUAGUUUCUUCGGAGGUUGUUGGUAGAGACAUCGAUGUUGAAGUGAUAAAGAGAAAGAUGUUGAACAUCAGCGAGGAUGUUGUUUUGUGCAUCAUUCCCAUAGUUGGUAUGGGGCUUUAG